UGUUAGGCGUGUAUAUAUAUACACCACGGACUUGUUGGAUUAAUGCGUUCAUUUAGUUAUAAUCCUGUUGGAAGGAAAGUAAUAAUGGAAUCGUUUGCUUCAAAAUCGCUGAAGAUUGCAUCUGUGGUUGCUGCAUACUGGUUCAUUUCCAUAUCGAUGGUAUUUGUGAAUAAAUACUUACUCAGCAGUAAAGACCUUAAGCUCAAUGCUCCGCUGUUUGUGACCUGGUUCCAGUGUGUUGUAACUGUUCUGCUGUGUGCUCUGCUCAGCUUAUCUGGAAAACUGUUCCCAGGAAAGGUCACCUUCCCUCCAUUUGUGAUCGACCUCAAGCUAUGCAGAGCUACGCUGCCUCUGUCGAUCAUCUUCGUCUGUAUGAUUUCCUUCAACAAUCUCUGUCUGAAGUUUGUGGGCGUCGCCUUCUACUACGUCGGCCGAUCUCUAACUACCGUGUUUAAUGUGGUAUUCUCCUACCUGCUGCUGAAGCAGACGACAUCGGUGAAGGCACUGAUCUGCUGUGGCGUCAUCAUAUUCGGCUUCUUCCUCGGGGUGGAUCAGGAGAAGGUUUCAGGUUCUCUGUCUCUAAUGGGUGUAUUCUUCGGCGUGAUGGCAAGCGCCAGUGUUGCUCUCAACUCCAUCUACGUGAAGAAAGUUCUCCCCCUUGUCGACAACAACAUCUGGCGCAUCACCCUCUACAACAACAUCAACGCAAGUUUGUUGUUCCUCCCCCUGAUGCUGGUGACCGGAGAGUUUUCAGAGGUCCUGAACUUCCCAAAGAUCGGGGACAUCCACUUCUGGAACAUGAUGAUCGUCAGCGGUAUUUUCGGUUUCGCCAUCGGCUACGUGACCGGCAUGCAGAUACAGCUGACGUCACCGCUGACACACAACAUCUCCGGCACUGCCAAAGCGUGUGCUCAGACUGUUCUCGCCUGUGUGUUUUACCAAGACGUUAAGCCAGCACUAUGGUGGUUGAGCAAUGCUGUCGUCCUAGGCGGCUCGACAGGCUACACGGAAGUUAAACGACGUGAAAUGAAAGAAAAGCAUGCAGAAGAAGCCAAGUUAAGAGAAUUACAAGAAGUUUCCAGUGAUGAGAACGCACCAUCAAAAGCAUAAUAAUGUUGGGUUGUUCAUACAGGGUUAUUAUAAUUCAUUGCUUCAUGCAAAGGGUGUACAUAUUUAUAUGAUUUCCAUUUGAUAUCGCCUGAGGCUGCAGAAUGGCUGGGCCAUGUAUAUUUGUAACAAUCUCAUUUUAAUCAGAUCUUAUUUCUCACGGCUGCUGAACAAAGGACAUUCCUUUUGGUUCAAGGACCGUUCAUCAGGAACAUCAGUGUCACGUACCAUAUCAGGAAAGAGAUGGUGAAUGUGUUUUCUUGCUGGGGGAAUUCUGAAAGAAAUCAUGGUCUAUCCCCCCACUUGAUGGUGUAGACAUUUGAAAUGGUAGAGACAUUCCUAAGCACAUUUCAUGACCAGUCCCACCACCUUGGCCAUCUGUUAGACUGUAUGUUAGACAUGCUAUUUUGUUGAUUCAAUUUUUGGAUUGACAACUUUAUCAAACUAUUUUUUACACAUAGUCUGGAAUGAAAUUUUCCAGUUUGAAGGGCUAGUGGGGUACCUUAGUGGUUAAAGCAUCACGCUGAAGAUCUGGGUUCAGUUCCCCACAUGGGUACAAUGUGUGAAGCCCAUUUCUGGUGUCCCUCGCUGUGACUAGCUUGAAUAUUGC